AUGAUCGAAGAAGAAAAGAAAGAGAAAAAAAAAGAUAACGAAAACGAAAGGGCCAUAUUAUGGAGACGCGCUGAGCUGGCGAAAGUAAAAACGUCAAAAACUGUUGGAUCGUUGAUAAUCAUACAUGGAAUCUCGGAAGCAGGUCCCAUGGGAGGUAAGUAUGCAGCCCCCCCUUUUACUCCCUCAUUUGAACAUAUUUUUUUUAAUCCAUGCGCCCCCUUGCGCAUUGGGGGUUGGAUACUGAGCUCUGAAUGGUUCGGUUAUUGGUUUGUAUGCAUCUGCGUUUGUAAGACGGUAGGAGAAGAGGAGGAACAUAAAAAGAAACGUUCAAAGGAUAAAAGAAAUAAUGCUGCUUUUUAUAGUACAAGAAAAGAAGAAGCCUCCCAAGAGUUCGCUAGACGAUGCGGUUACGCGAGAUGGAAUCGCAUGAUUUACCUCGUGUCCGUGGCUUUGUCUGACAGAGAAAGAGAAGAAGAAAAAAAAAACAGGAAGAAAACAAAGACCAUCGAGGGAGAGAGAAAUGUCAACGGUAGAAGGGCAAAUAAUAAGAAUAAGAUGGGAAUGCAAAACAUCGUAGCCAUCAUACGGAUACAAGGAUCCCGACGCAGUCAGAUGACUUCAUGCAUUAAACAGCAGGCCAUCCCGCACCUCUCGACAAGGGCCCAACGGCUGCUGUUUCCACCUCAACUUGCACCAAGAAAUUGA